AUGGCUCAGAAUCCCGAUGAUUUGGAUUUAUAUGCUAAAGAAUCUGAUGCUAUUAAGGUUUUGCUUAAGGAUCCGGAUGCCAUUUUUCAUGAAGUUAUCUCCUUCUAUAAGUCUCUUUUAGGGACUCAGGCUCCUUGGCUUCCUGUUGUUGACCUUGUUACUGUGAGGAGGGGUAAAAAACUUAGCUCUAUUGCUCAGAGUUAUCUCAUUCAGCCUGUUUCUCAUGCUGAAAUUGAUACUGCCCUUAAGGGAAUUGAUAACACUAAAGCUCCUGGUAUUGAUGGCUUUAACUCCUUUUUCUUUAAGAGAGCUUGGCAUAUUGUGGAAGAUGAUAUUUAUGCUAGUGUCAUAACUGCUAGACUUGCUGCUAUCAUUGGUGAGGUCAUUGAUGAUGCCCAAGCAGGUUUUAUUCCAAGCAAGCACAUUGGUGACAAUAUCCUUCUUGCAACUGAAUUGAUCAAAGGCUAUGAUCACAAAUUUAUCUCACCUAGAUGCAUGGUUAAGGUGGAUUUGAAGAAAGACUAUGAUUCAGUUGAGUGGGGAUUCUUGAUUACUGUUAUGCAGGAGAAAGGUUUCCCUCAGAGAUUUGUUAGUUGGACCUGGACUUGUCUUACUUCUGUUGAUUUGGGUAUUUUAUACCCGGCUAGGUGGCCCGAUCAGAAAGCGCCACGUGUCCUCCAUAUAGGUGCCAUUUGGACCUAUGGAAAGAUGACACGUGGAGGGUGGACUCUUCUCCGUCCUACGUGGACUGAAGGUCCAACAGGGACUAUUCAGGUGGCGACACGUGUCAUCCAAAAGGUGCUUUAG